AUGGCGGACCCUAUAAUAGAGGGAGGAAAUGGGCAGACACAGGAGCUGACAUCUUUAGUACCCUGCAGCUCUGCGGCAGCCGCAGGUUACAGUGUAGACAUAACCAAGUCCAAAAACCACAUCACACACAACCAGUCCCAAAAGUGGCACAGAAAUGGCAUCAAGAAACCCCGAUCACAAAGAUAUGAAUCUCUUAAGUGGGUGGACCCCAAGUUCCUGAGGAACAUGCACUUCCCCAAGAAGCACAACAAAAAGGGCCUGAAGAUGAUGCAGGCCAACAAUGCCAAGGCCAUGAGUACACGUGCUGAAGCUAUCAAGGCCCUUGUAAAGCCCAAGGAGGUUAAGGCUAAGAUCCCAAAGGGCAUGAGCCGCAAGCUCAGUCAACUUGCCUACAUUGCCCACCCCAAGCUUGGGAAAUGUGCUCGUGCACGCAUUGCCAAGGGUCUCAGGCUCUGCCGGCCAAAAGCCAAGGAUCAAACCAAGGCCCAAUCCGCAGCUUCAGCUGUAGCCCCAGCUUCCAUUCCAGCUCCAGCUCAGCCUCCCAAAGGUGCCCAGGCCCCACAAAGGCUCAAGAGUAGAGGUCUGUGUCUGCCAACAUGAGGACAGAAGGACAGUGUGACCCCUGGGCUGCUGUUUGCAUGGGGCUGGGGUCCUCCUGUACUAUUUGUACAAAUAAACCUGAGGCAGGGAAAAAAAGACUCUAACCUAAGAAAUGUAGGUAAGGAGAAGUUGGAAAUCAAGCAAAAAACAGAAG